AUGUACUCCGACGACAGAGACAUUUCUACAGCUACCAGCAACUUCUCCCAUCAGCCGCCGGGCUUUCAUUCUGAGAAUGGAGCCCAGUACGCUCCCCACGUGCCCGCCGCCGAUGUAUCACCGAGCGCUGAUUUUAUCACUCGCCUGGAGGUUCUCUCCGCCAAAGUUGCCAACAUUUGGAUCGCUCUUUUUUGCGGAGCCUUUGCAGGUGUCGCUUCCGGAAUCGUGACCUGUCCCCUCAAUGUCAUCAAAACCAAGCUGCAAGCCCAAGGCGGGUUUGCCCGACGCGCUGCGCAGUUAGAUGCUGCCCGCAAGAUGUACCGAAUCGAGGGUCUCCGCUCGUUUUACUCCGGCCUCACACCUGCUCUUCUGGGGCUGAGACAUGUUGCCAUCCAAUUUCCGCUCUACGAAUAUCUGAGGAUGGCCUUUACCGGAUACAGCAUCGGGGGAGCAUUCAAACAACGGCAAUUCCCACUGGUUUGGGAUUUCAUGCGUCACGUUCCUUAG